AUGGGUGACGGGUCUGACUAUCCUAGCCCACGAAGUGAAGGUCCUAACGGCGCUCUCGCUGCCUCCAUCCUUGCCUCUACAUCUGAAACCUCGGCCCCAAUUGCCAGAAUGAACGACCCCCAGCAGCCCAUGCACGGGACUUUCAACAACCUUGACGGCGCGCGUCCGCGCCUUUCUGUUCGACGCGCCCGCGAUCCUCCUAAGAACUCUGAAGGUCAAAUUUUCUGCGACCAUCCCGAGUGUCAUUCUGCUCCUCCUACUUUCCGUCGUCCAUGUGAAUGGAACAAGCACAUGGAUAAACAUGAUCGUCCCUACAAGUGUUAUGAACCAAACUGUGACAAGAUCCAGGGUUUCACCUACUCUGGUGGUCUCCUGCGUCACCAGCUGACUGCAACCGCAGCACUGGCAACGGAUUCACGCGCCAAGAGAACCUGCGAGAACAUCUUCGCCGUCGCCACAUGCACAAUGAUGAAGCCCCCCCCAAUGGUUGAUAUGUCCUCCUGGGAUCGCGCCACCGACCUUGAAGGUGUCGAGGGUGUCCGCGCCCCCUCUCUCCCCAUCACUGGAAUGAAGCGUCGCCACGACUCUCCUGCGGUUGGAGAUCUCCAAAACCUGCCUGAGACUGAUGAGCACGGAGUCGAUUUGCACCACGAAGUUAAGAGACUCCGCCGCGAAGUCCAAGAGAAGGAUCGCCGCCUCCAAGAGCUGGAGCGUAUCGUCGCCAACAUUCAGCAGGCUAUCCCCCAGCAGUCUCCUCCCGUGCCCGACCUACAGGACCUUUCGCAGCCCACUCCCCAGCCUACUGCAGCUCCUCCCGUUUAA